UGGGGGGGCCGACUUCCUGGGGCCGCCCGCGAGGAUGUCGCCACCGCCCCCCAGUGCCCCUCAGCCCCGGAGACUCCGCUGCCCCCCUGCCUGAGGCGUCCACAGCCUGAAUCCGUCUUCUCCCUCCCUCUUUUCCUCCCUCCCCUCCCAGGUGCGCGCCGGGCCGGCGGCAGGAUAGAUAUUUGUCAUACCAUAUUCUGGUAGGAGCAGAAGACAUUUCAGAAAGUCAACAUAGUUUACACAUUGAGAUCAAACAUCAAACCAAGCUGAAGACUUGUAGGAGGGAGAGGGUGCUUCAUCUGAAUUCAUCCUACAUUUAUCACAGACGCCUAUCUGGCUUUAGCACCAUGUGAGCAGUUUUGGAGAUCAGAGAUUUUACCAUGUGGGCAACCUGCUGCAACUGGUUCUGCCUGGAUGGACAGCCUGAAGAGGUCCCACCACCCCAGGGAGCCAUGGCACAGGCCUAUUCCAAUCCUGGGUACAGUUCCUUCCCUUCCCCAACAGGCUUGGAACCCAGCUGCAAGGCCUGUGGGGCACACUUCGCAAGCACAUCUCGGAAGCAGACCUGUUUGGAUUGUAAGAAACAUUUCUGCAUGACCUGUUCAAGUCAAGAGGGAAACGGGCCCCGCCUCUGUCUUCUCUGCCAACGGUUCAGAGCCACAGCCUUUCAGCGGGAGGAGCUCAUGAAGAUGAAAGUGAAGGACCUGAGGGACUACCUCAGCCUCCAUGACAUCUCGACCGAAAUGUGCCGGGAGAAAGAAGAGCUGGUGUUCUUGGUGCUUGGUCAGCAGCCUGUAAUCUCUGAGGAGGCCAGGACUCAUGUUCCCACUUUAUCCCCAGAUUUCUCCGAGCAACAGGCCUUCCUGACUCAGCCUCACAGUGGCACAAUACCUCCUACCUCACCCAGCCUCCCUUCUUCACCUGCACAAGCGACCUCUGUUGCCCCAGUCCAGGCUCAGGAAAAUCAGCAGGCCAAUGGUCGUGUGUCCCAGGACCAAGAGGAGCCCGUCUUCCUGGAGAGCACCGCCAGAGUUCCUGCUGAGGAGGAGACCCAGUCCCUUGACUCAGAGGACAGCUUCGUCCCAGGCCGGAGGGCCUCGCUGUCUGACCUGACCCACCUGGAGGACAUCGAAAGCCUAACAGUACGGCAGCUGAAAGAGAUUCUGGCGCGCAACUUCGUCAACUACAAGGGCUGCUGUGAGAAGUGGGAGCUGAUGGAGAGGGUGACGAGGCUGUACAAGGACCAGAAAGGACUCCAGCAUCUAGUGUAUGGUGCUGAAGACCAAAACGGGGGAGCAGUGCCAUCCAGCCUGGAGGAGAACCUGUGUAAGAUCUGCAUGGAUUCGCCCAUUGACUGUGUUCUGCUGGAGUGUGGACACAUGGUAACCUGUACCAAGUGUGGCAAGCGCAUGAAUGAAUGUCCCAUCUGUCGGCAGUAUGUGAUUCGAGCUGUGCACGUCUUCCGAUCCUGAGGGCUUGCACCGGCUUCUUCAGUGCCUUACAGGAAGUAACCCAGGGCGUCUGGGCUCGGGGUUGGUCAGCUUGCAGUGAGCUAACAAGAAAUUGUGCAGUGUUCCCAAGACCAGGGCAAGCGAAAAUGCUAUGUCAUCCCUGGGUGUGCCUGUCUGUUGCGGGGUGCCCUCUUGGCGGGCAGAGUGACUGAGGCCAAUAGGAGCUGCUACAGAUCACACAGGUGAGUGCCUGUUUCUGUGAUCUUGGGAGUAAUGAUGGUAAUUGAUGGACAGAGGACUUUCUGCGAAACUUGGACCAUGUCUUCCUUCCUCGGUGAACCUAGAAACAUUUUCACUCUUCUGUACCCCACUCAUACCCGGAAAAUGCUUGCCUGUAUUUCACCCAUCAGAAAUCCUACUAGAGACAGUUCCUUCCUCCUGUGCGUAUCUGGAUUUAAAUUUCUGGUUUCUCUGGCUUUCUGUGCUUUAACUUAAAGUUUUUUGCUGUAUUGCCUAAAAUCCACAUUUCUUUGGACCAAAAAUAUUUCAGUUUAUCAGACCAACUAUGGUCCUUAGGACAGACUUUGGAGCAGUGAACUUUUCUCUGGUGAUAAGUGAAACACAAAUGCUAAAGUAUUGUUGUUUUGAGUUGCUUCCUUAGGUGUUGGGACUGGAAGCUAUCAGGCUCUUGAGACUGGGAGCCAACAAAGCAUCUGGUUCCUAAAUUGCUGAGUUCCAGAAUCUGUAUACAAAGAAUGUACAUGGGUCAUCUCUGCUGCUCUCUCUCUGAGACUUGACUUUGUACCAUCCCUAACUUUACAUUGUGAGGGGGAAUCAUAGAAUAGAGGCAGUGGCCUUCUGUUUAACUUUGGCUUCUCAACUUUUUUGUGUGUAACAGGCAGAGCUGUUAUACAUACUCCAGCAAGAUUUUUAAAUCUUGGUCUCAUCAAAGGCAAAGAGGCAAGCAAGCAAAGAGUGUUACUCUUGAAUUUUUCAUGAAGUUCUUGGAGUACAGAGGUGUAAGGCAGAGGAGCUAAGAGGUACUGAAAAAUCCUGAAUAAGGCUGAAUUCUGCCUAUGGGCAGAUAGCUGUACUUUCAUUUUUCUCAGUCUGUUGAUUUGGGGGCAAGGCAGAAAGCUCAUUUGGUCAUUUACAAAGGACGAGCUAAUGAGUAGUGAUGCUUUUUGAGCCUUCUUAGGGUUUAGGUUUGAUAGAGAAGCGCAGCAAAGCACAAAACACAUGCUCUCAAAAGAGCUGUGUCUAUUGCCAAUGGAGAAACUAUGCAACUGCCCCUUCCCCGCCCCCCCCCCCAUUUGUUGUGUAGCUGAGGUCUAGACUAGAAGAACCAAUUGACUGGAAAGCAGAUGGAAACCUCUAGCAGGGCCUAUACAUUAGUACAUACUACACUUUCCCUCCAUCAACCACUAAACAGCUUUAGGAGGAAUUGAUUUCAUAAAGUAGUAGUCAGUGGAACACUGGGCCACUUACCUCAUCAUAGUACAAGUCCAGACGAUCUCAUUCUGGGUGCCUUUAUAGGAAUUGGGGAAUCGGACAUUUUCCAGUGAAGUCUGCCUUUCAUCCUUCUGAUGGACAAUAAGUACUGUAGUUUUUAACGCCUGUUAGUUUAGCAAAGGCUCACUGGGUCAGCUCCUCAGUUCUGUUAUAAAAACAGGUCUGCAUAUAUGCAACUUAAGAUUUAGCAAUAAGUUCAAGGCAAAAGUUAGGCCAGCUUUCCCCGUCCUUACAACUUGCUUUCUCUGCUGAAGUUUUACCUCCCUACCUCCGCAAUUUCCUCCUAGACAGGAACUGAAAAUAUACUGGUAGCUGGUCGUAAAUUCAGCAAGAAUUGGAAUUUAUGUCAUUUUCUUGUUUUGAAAGAACUUGGCUUUAAAUCUUAUCUUUUGCUGAAGGUUUGCAUUUGGAGAAAAAAUGUCAAACCACCAAUUUUUUUGUUACCUUUAUUAUACACCAAAUAAAAGUUGGCAGUUUCAAGAUUCCAUUCCAGUUAAUAUCUACCCCAAGUAAAAAUCCUGAUUUUUAAAAUUGAGUCUUACCUCUUUGUCCCUCAUGGACCACUGGUCUUAAUUAUCAUGGAAACAUUUAAUAAUUUCAAUUAUACUGUGGCUUUUGCUGAGAUUGCUUUGAGAUUUCAGUUGAGACUUGUUUUAAAAGACUUGCACAGCUGACCAGUUCAUGUAUUGGAAUAGUUGGAUUCAAACUAAUAAGCUGUAUAGCAGUUAGUGCUUAAUAUAUAUUGUACCAGUUUGUUGAAAUCUCCUGGAUGUCAAUGUGUUAUUUCAAGUGGCUUAUAUUAAGAUUCUCUCAGACUUACUUGGGUGUUAAAGCAAACCCAAAUAUGUAUUUUUUGUUACAGAGCUCUGCUUUAUAAUUUUGUAAUAAAGUUUCAACAUAGA